CAGCGCUGUGCAAUGAGCUGUCAUUUUACUUUCUUCGGUUGUCAAUUUUAUUAGUUUUCAUGUUUAGUCCAGAUUGCUCAUUGGAUUUAGUUUAUAAAUUGUGUGGAACUAGUUAUAUUUAAUCUGUAAAAUUUUAUUAUAUCGUACUGUGACACUCGAUUAUUAUUUAAGAUGAAGCGGAGUUACGAUUCCAUGAAUUCGUCCAUUGAAAUCAGUUCCUAUCGUGAUCAACAUUUUAAGGGCUCUCGUAGUGAACAAGAGAAAUUGUUAAAGGCAUCAUCAACACUCUACAUUGGUAACCUGUCAUUCUACACAACAGAAGAGCAAAUAUACGAACUAUUUUCACGUUGUGGUGACAUAAGAAGAGUUGUUAUGGGCUUAGACAAGUAUAAGAAAACACCUUGUGGGUUCUGCUUUGUAGAAUAUUAUGCUAGACCAGAUGCUGAAAAUUGUAUGAGAUAUAUAAAUGGUACUAGACUAGAUGACAGAAUCAUCCGAUGUGACUGGGACGCAGGAUUCAUAGAAGGAAGGCAAUAUGGACGAGGCAAAACAGGAGGACAGGUUCGUGAUGAAUACAGAACUGACUAUGAUGGUGGCCGCGGUGGCUAUGGGAAGAUAAUUGCACAGAAAAUUACUCCAAGCAAUCUGGAGCGUUGAUAACAUAGUGUAACAUAACAUAUUGUAAGUGUGGAUCUAUACAUUAUUAUGUGAAAGACUGUACUAUUGGAAUUAUUGAUACAAGAUGCAUUCAGUACCAGCAGAAUGAGAUAUUAAAGAUUUUAUUUCAUAUAA